UGAGUUUCUUCUAGAUCUCUUACUUGGAUCAUAGAAUGGAUCAAUUCACCAUAAGGGCUAAAAAGCUGAUAAAGCCAUUCCUCAUCCAUUGAAUUUGGAAGAACAUCAAGAUAGACCGAAGUUGAGCUUGAAAACAUUCCCUCAUAUCCCCCAUCACCUGAAUAUAAAAAACCCUUCCCUUUGGGUUUCCUUCGAGAGGCCAUAGUCCAGGCCGCUAGAGGAUUAUCAUCCUUGGAUUUAGGAGACAUCAUAGAAGCCUCAUAGAUUCUGGAGGAAAAAAAAAAGCCUCCACCCUCCAGCAAUAUAAACAAGACCAGAAAAUCAACAACAGAGAAAACAGAGCUGAAAAUCGAGCCACGGCAUGACGGAAGCAAGCUAGCCGACAAAGAGGAAGAAAAAAGGGAAUACCUCGUAAGGGAGAGAACAGAGCCCCAAAAGUUCCCGGUGAACGAAAACGAAACACGAUCACAGUACCAAAAAGUUGAGACACGACGACAACGGCGAGCAGAAAGGGAAAACGGGUAAAGGGCGGAUGGAGGUCGGGGGAAAGAGGUCGGUUGGAGGGACAGAGAGACGAUAGGAAAAGCUGUGAGUUGGAGAGGGCCGGUCGGCAAUGGCCGCCGGCAAUGAUCUUCCCUGCCCGAAUUAGGUCCGCCACUUGCCACGGAAUAUCGGCGGCAGCAGGAAAAGCGGGGGCCAUAGUUGUGGCGUUUGGGUUUUUGUACGCGUCUGAGUCCGAUCAUGUCUUGGAGGACGAUACAGGGUACCCCAAGGGUAUCGGUGUGAAGUACUCACUCAUUGUGCUUGGUUUUGUGUCUCUCUUCGGAAUGGUUUUUACUUUCCUCGUCCCGAAGACCAACGGAAAAUCGCUCGAGGAGCUUUCCAGUGAGAAUGAGGAUGAUUCAAUUGAUGCAGUUGAGGAGUCCUCGCCGGACAAACAGGUUGCUUAUAAUCGACCCAUUCCAGUUUAAUUCGGGUGAGGUAAUGUGGGACUUUGGAUCAAGCUAUUUGGAAGUGAAGAAAUUUGUCUUCCUGUGUGUUUCAGUAGUGUAGAUA